CUUCUGAGUGAAAGGAAUGCCUAUCGAUUAUUUGUGUGUUUUUCUUUUUCAGGGAUUGUGUGCAGAAAUUCUCACCUAAAUUCCGCGUAUUCGCUACCUGUGCAAGUGAUCAGUAAGGAGCGACAGGUAGCCCCGCCCCCUAAUCCAUCGGAGUGGAAAAAGUUUAUUCACAAGAAAUGACUGAUAUAGUAUUUGUAAAGACCGAUUUACGAGACUUGGAACAAUAUCAAAUCGCGCCAGUGUAUAGGUAACUUAAUUGUAAAAACGUUUUGAUCGAAGCUCCAGUUUACGAUUUGACGAGCACAGAGCAGGUGUGAAGCGGGCGCACAUGCGGAUUUAAGUGACAUAAUUCUCGUGCAACUUUGAAACAUUUCUGUCUCCAUUCACAAAUAUAUCUGAGAUAACUUAAAAUAUUGGAAUCUAUUAGCGAUUUUGGAAUUAACAAAUUUUCUAUCAAAGUAUCAACCAUGUCACGAUUCUUUGGAGGAAAGGGAAAGGAAAAGGACAAGAGCCAGAAAUUCUAUGUAGAGUUCUUGGGAUGGAUUGAGAGCAGGGGACUAAUGGGGGAGAAAUAUACACGUCCAGUUGUGGAUGAUCUGAGAAGGAAGCACCAAAAAUGGAGGAACGCACCAAAGCUUACCGUGCAGGUCAGUAAAAGCGAACUUAAAGUUUCCCAAGAUGUUCCCGAUAAGAAUAAAAAGAAACCCAAAACAACUAAAUUUCCCGUCAUUCCUGUGGAGGAUGUUACAUAUGUAUCACAAGCCAGACACCCUGUUACAGGCCAACCAGAUGAUAUCGUCGCCUGCAUCUACCUUGGCUAUAUUCCAAGGACCAAACGCAGCGUACACGUGCACGUCUACAGAUUUGAUUCAGCACAAACGGCUUCCAAAUAUGUCCGGAUGCUGCAAAGUGUGAUAGGAAUGGGUGAAGACCGCCUGAAGCAGAUAGAAUUUACUUUGAUCGCCCGUGGAGAGCUUGAAGAUCCUAUCAAUACUACGUAUGUUUACCGACCACGACCAAGUCCUAGGGACGCUGGAAUCGGAUCAUCCGACGGAAUGAGUGAACCAAGAACAGAUUCAGCUCCGGACUCCGCUGCUGCUAGCACAUGCAGCACAAACUCUUUCCCCUCAGACGAAAUCGAGCCUGAUUUGAUUAGUCUUCAUGAACAGAUGCCAUUUGAAUCUGUUACAGACGAACUCAAACUUAAGCUAAACGUAUCAUUAAAGGAAGGAAAACCUUUGUUGUUACCACCAAAAGACUAUGACACUAUCCGACGAAAACAGGGAAACCUGGAAAACGUGGAAAACAGGAGAUGUUUGAACGCUAGUAUUGUCGGUAACAUGCCUUGGUCGUCUCCUCGUUGUCGAAAUGUCUCGGACGAAAGUGGAAUUGGAUUAGAAUCUCCAUCGCCUUCAGAGGAACAGAAGAAAUUCCCUGACUCCGAUUUUGACGAGGAUCGAGAAAACUCUCCUCCUUCAAGUGCUAGAAGCUUCAGAGAGGAAUUCGUUUAUCCUCCGCAAUCGGCAAGAAGCCCCAAAAUUACGAAUGAUCGGCAAGCAUUAUUACGUCAGCCAUCUUUCUCUUCCGCCUACAGCAGCCAGAGCUAUAGAAGCGGAUCUUCUUCCUCAUUCUUCAUUGAAAAAGACAAUAGUACAGUGUACACCGGGAAACGCGCUGAAUUCGAUAUUCCGCCAGCGGACUAUGAUGCCGAUGACGUUGCAGUCAUGAGAGAAAAAAUCACGCGGAGAGCCCUGGAUAUGACAUCAAGCAUGCCAGUCAGCAUGUUCCCAAGAGAUAUGCCAGAAUAUGCCAUCAUUGACAAGAAAAGAGCAACUUCUACGAACACACCACCGCAGUCUUCUGAAAUCUACUCACCUCGUGGAGGUGAACAUCGGAUUCGGCGGGUAAAUUCAAUGUACAAGUGACAAACUUAUAUGCUUUAACUUAUAUUCUCAUCAUAAUUGCUGGGAUUUACCAACUAUGGCAAACUCUCUCAUGAGUUCUAACAGUAUGACAUGGUGUCCGUGUCUGACGUUGGGCCAUGUCGUAGCCGGGACACAGACGCGUUCAGCUGAGUCAGGAAGGUAGCAGAGUCUACGAUGAGUUCGUGAGGACUUUUUGUAAUGUGGCAGGUUUGAUGAGAUUCGUUUGAUGUCUUGAUGACUUGUUACAAUACACAGUGUAAUUGUCUAAUUUCCUCCGGCCAAUUUGUCACAUAGCACAUCUUUGCUGUCAAUUCAGUUAAAUCGAUAAGAAACCAAAACAUAAAGCAAGAUAAUGUAAACUAUUUUUUCUUUACCUUUUUUUCAAUGAAGUGCUAUGAAAUGGCCUAGAGGAAUUUUUGAAAUUACUUUUUUUUUUUAUAUAAGACUGUUGAAUGACACGAUGUUAACGUGUCAAAAGAGGUGCAAUGUUUGUAAAUAAUUUGUUUAUCUACUUGUUUUGUAACGGUUCCCACUGAACAAGAAUACUCUUAACUUCUUUGGUCCUUUUUUAAAAGAUACUUUUUUUCUAAUCUGUUAUUAUACUGUGGCAUUGGGAUCUCUAAGUAAUCCUCUUAAUUAGGCGGAUUUUGUGGCUCAACCAAAUUCCGUAACUAAUCUUUGUUAUCAACUCUCCAACUGUAAUACCUCUGACAAAUGUCCCAUUGAGUAAAAACCAAACGGGGCCUAGUUCUUAGUAUUCUAUACCCCAUUAUUGUCCUUUUUACCUACCGAUCCUUGCACUUGUCUGUCAUUUGAACAAAUAAGAACAAAUAUUAUAGAAUACAAAAGUAAUAAUUGACAUAUUUCUGUUUUAUUCUGUAUUUCGGCUAAGAGUUUUAGAAGAUAAUUAAAGACGUACCGUUAUAACCGAAAAACAAAAGACAGGUGUGUGCUAUAGGUAAUCGACACGAUAUAAUCAGUCAUCCAUGACUGGUCAGGUAAAGAACACUCAAAAGUGUUUAAAGCUCAUGUUCUAGAUUCCUAACGAUUGCAUUUUCUAUCUGUUUGGAAAUAUGAAAUAUAUCUGUUUGGUCUAUAUCCAUUGGAAUGCUUUAGGAGUUAAAAGAAACAUUGUCUUAGCUGGAAACUCUCCAGAGCAUUCCCAUGGAAGCCUUAAUUCAGUCAAGGAUUAUACAAACUAACAACCACAAGUAACCACAGCUUUACAAUUCCAAACCAAAACAAAAUAUUAUUUUCAGUUAUUUUUUUAAGAAUUAAUAUUAUCUGAUUAUAUGAACCUUAUGAUAUUAAUUUUUUCUUGUUACUUUUUUGUUCAUUCUUAUUAAUAUAAAUUUGUGGUAAUCUGUGAUUGACUUACGAGUUGAUUUAAUUGUUUCUGCCCUUUGAAAGUAAUCUCAAGGGCCUUGGUUUUUAAUUAAGAUUAUUUCAUUUCUUUCCCAGCAAAUCGUUCUUGUACACAAAUCUACGACACAGGUGUAAUUUAUGACCAUAUAAAUUGAUUGGUUUUGUUUAUCAUUGUGAUAAGUGGCUCACUAUCUUGUGCAGGUUCUGGGCGGUCAGAUUUUGCGCUCGGACUGGCGCCGUUAAAUUGACAGUUUUUGAUAAUUAAAUCAAUAACCACAACAGGUGCUCGAUCGUUAAUUGUCUCUGUAUAUGUAUUUAUUAUUGUGAUCAGUAUGUAUAUUGUUAUGUUAUAAACAGGGCACAUAUUACGAUAUUCAGUAAAACCUGGGCCUUAAUGGUCCCUUCAUUUACAAAUAUACGCAGCAUAUAGAUUGUAUAUCUUCAUUUUGAUACGGGUACUCCCAACACAUUUUUCUCUUUCUUUGUGUAUACUGAAAAACGGCUUUGAGUAUGCAAUCAAAACUUGUCUAUGUGUGCAUUGUUGUUCUUGCCAUGUCUGUUGUUUUCUAACAAUCCGGAAACGCUCCGUCAAGGAGUCGAAUUGUGCACAACUGGACAUCCUGGUAUCCCGGGUAACUUACAUGUUACACUCAAUUAACACCACUAAUUGUAGAAACGACAACGUACGAAGUACGACUCCUCAAUGUUCAAUGUCAAGACUAACACAGAAACUGCCAUAUUUUUUACUUGGCAUUACUGACAGUUUUUUUUUUCAAUAUGCAUACUCUGUAAAAUAAAUCUUAACAAUUUUUUUCUGUUAUCAAAUGCAAAAUCGUAAUUGUAUGUAUUGCUCAUAUUGAAAUGUAUAUGUUAAAUGUACGUUGAUAAAAACUUGAAAAAUGUAAAAUAUUUAUAAAAUACUUAAAUUUUUGUUCGAAAAAAGUUUUAUUUUUUGUACAAAAUAAAAGUUAUUUAUAUUA